CAAUCCAAAUAUUUUAAACGCAUUCAAUGAACUGAAUAUCAAAGAAGAGAUUUUAAUCAAGGAGGAAACGCAUGUUCCUGAGGUUGGGGAAAUAUUUAAUUUAGCAAACGAGUAUUCAGAAAAAAUCAGCUAUCAUGAUUCGGUUGUCUUGAAUACUAUGGUUGAAUUACAAGCAGUAGCGAAUGCGAUGGCCCAACCUAACGGAAUAUCACUAACUAAUGCUCAAGCAAUGGUCCGAGCGAGCAAAAAAUUUAUAAAAAAUAUGAAGCAGAUAUUGAAACAUGCCAAAACUUAUGAAGAAGGAAUGUAUAUCGCCCCAGACUAUGAUCUACAAGAUGAAACGAAGAUCUGCUCCCUUGGGUGGUAUGCACGGAUGAUACGUCAAACUCUAGCUCAAGGAGCACACAUUGGUAAUGCCAUUAGACUAUAUAAUGGUUCUCCCCCUGGAUGUAUUUCCGUUCUUGGUACGCAAUUAGUUCCCAACACAAAAUUAUUGUCAGCAUUACGUACGCAUGCUCGGGCUCGUUAUCCUAAUUACAAUAAUUACAUUAUUGUAUAAUGACGUCGGUUCUGACACUAACAAUGAAUUUUUAAAAUUUAGUUUCUCUAAUUCAUGCCAGCCUCUUAAUUUUAAAUCAUGUUUUUGGUUAAUGUAUUGGAAAUAAGCGAAAAUUUAACAGUAUGAAGAUAUUUGUAAAAAAAUAUCGCAAAAUAUUUUAAAGAAAUGCAUGAAACUCUACUGGCUAUCGCUAAUAACAUUGCUUUUUAUUUCAUUAUUUCACCUUAAUUAUUUUUCUUUAUUUUAAACUUUGAUAUUGUGUUCAUUUUCCAAUGAGCUAGAAUUUUAUUUGAAAUACUCAGGUAACCAGGUAGAUUUUGUUUUAUGUUGAUUGUUUUAAAUAAAAUACUUUUGAAUUUUUUAUCCAAUAAAUGAACGUAACAUUCUGCGGCAAAAAAUUGGAGAUCACCACGUGUGAAAGAAAGAAUGAAGGAAAGAACUAAAAUUUGAUGAAUAAUUUCCGCUAAUUAGAUACGUGCAUAUUCCUUUGUAUGAGCAGGAAAGAAAAGGAAAUAUUUGAGACGAAACUGAAUCUAUAAUUGAAUGAACAAAUUUGACUGGCUGAACUUUCUUUUCUAAUAAUAGCUUAUACUUAUUAAAAUGCAUUGCAUUCGUCGUGAGAGAAAAACCGAAAUGAAAUAUAAAUAUAAAUAUCGUGUCGGAUAUGUAAUGAGUAAAACAUGCAUCACUGGUACAUUCGAUUUCGGCAAACGAUAAUUUUUUUUUGAAAUUACUUUAUUUGUCCCCUUAAUUUGCAUCAAAACAACGUGCUAUUGAUAUUGAUGAUGAUAAAUUGAUAUUUUCCUAUUAUUAGACGCAGAGAAAAAAACAAGACGCUAGCUGGUUGAACGAAUGGAUUUUCUUGUUUAAUUUGCGAUAUCAGAUGACAAUAUCCAUGCGACUCUAUGUCUAGCAUGCGACAGCUCACCAACUAAACAAAUUAAUCUUGGUGAUUGUUAUGAUGAAGGUUUUGCUAUGCAUUAUGCGCGCGCGCGUACGCUCUAACGAUUGCGAAAAAAAACCCAUUCGAAAUUCGUAGAAACCCAUUGUACUAUAUUGUGUUGUGUGCGCGCAUAACAUUUGCCUCAGUCUAUUUUGGACUUUUAAAUCCAACUGAUUAAAACCAAAUUAAUGACAAUCAAUACAAAAACAACAACAAAACUAAAGCAACUAUAACUGAUACCACCAAGAUGGGCAAGAAGUGAGAGAUAGAAAAGAUAGAAGAAAAGAAAAAAUAAACUCAUUGCGGUUUGAUUCCAUUUAAAUGCCUCGAAUACACCCAUGCCGAAACAAAGCCGCGGCAUACGGCAAGAAAAAUAUCACAACGCUUCAUACGUAAAGCAUUCAUUGGUUUGGGUUUUUCCAGAUUUUACAACUGAGCGACGCAUGGAAACACAUCGCUUGUGUAUAUGUUUUGUUUUUGCUACGCUUCGUUUAUGUUUUUUCAUGAACCGCAGAACGAGCUGAAACAUUGUGCUCUUUUUUAUUGUCACACGUUUGCUAAACUAUAUUCAUAAAAAUGCACUUUUGAUUGGAGAUUUAAUGACAAAGUAUUGGAAUCGGUCCGAUUUGAUCACGAUAUGUUAAUAAGUUUUCAGACACCGAAUAUAGGGUUUUUUUUUAACAUUCUAUCUCUAGAAAGAUCUCUCUCUCUCUCUCUCUCUCUCGACUGAUCGAAUGCGAGAGAGAAACUUCAAUUACGACGUCAUUUUGUGCAAAGUACACAGAAUCCCAAGCUGUAAAUUCGCGCGCUUACUAAUAACAACAAUAAUCAAAGAGAAAAACAAGCACAAUCAUAUUGUUUACAAAUUAGGCAACAAGCGAUGAUUCUGUCGCACGCAUUGUUACAAAAACCCGGCAUUUUAUUGAUGACUAAGUCUCUCAUCCCAAGUUGCUGCAUGCUUGUUUGUUCGUUUGAUAAGAAACGAAUAGAAGAAACAGAAGCAAUUCCGGAAAAAAAAAACUGUUGCGACGUCGAUGACGACGCAUGGGGAAAAAGAAUGAAAUUCUGUGCAUGUAGGAUGACUUGGUGUGUUAAUGGAAGCAAAACGUAAUUGGUUUUCUGGUGAGUGUUUACACCAUUGUAGUCAUCCUCACACUCACUCACUCACACACACACAUACAUACAUGCCGAUAAACAAUCGGCUGACGAAACAAGUGAACAGUCGAAAUGAAUAAUAAUGCCUAGUAAAUAGAGUCAAGAUAGUGCAAAUCUUUAUGGAGUGAUUUUUUUUCAAAGUACAGAUUACCCGAAACCAUUACUGGAUUUCGUAAACUAAUCUGAGAAAAGACAAAAAACAAACUAUGUAGAAAUGGCCUAGAACCUGUAAGAGAUUAACGAACACUCAAAAGGUAGUUCAUUUAUGAUGCGGCUGCAGUAUAGAUGAUUUGGAAUGCGAAAUGUUCGGGAGCGAGUAUGUGGCGAAGGUGUGUAAGUGUGUGUAAGUGGCAGUGUUAGUGCGCAGCGUAUCUCUCUCUCCCCAAACAAACCGUUCGCAUAAAUAUCUUCGGCACUGUAGCCAAUUCAGUCAGUUGAUCAGAAGCACAACAAUCGUUCGCAACAUUGUUUUGAUCUCAGAAAAUUUUGUCACUCUUUCGAAGAUCAUUUGUGAUCGUUACAAAAUACAAAAACAUUCAAUAAAAAAAAGAAAGUGUUUUUUUUUUUCAAGUUGAAAAAAAGAAAUUGUCAUAAAUUUAAAACAAAAAUCAUCAUGUCGUUCCUAUUCGUAAUUUUUGCUUCAAUGUUGAUUGCUGUCAACGCUCAACGAUCACCGUACGCUGGAUCACGUCCAGGAGCUGGAUAUAAGGAUAGAUUUGUUCCACAGAGCAGCACUGCAAUCACGCCUGAUGUCAACGACCGUUUGGGUGAAUCGAGUAGCACUGGCGGAGUCACCACAAGCACUGAUCGUUUGCCAUACGAUGCAUACGGUGAUGCGCAGAUCGUCAAUCACUGGAACAGUUUACCAAUUGAUCAACGACCAUUCUGGAUUGUAAACCAAGCACAUAUCGAAGCGCAUCGUGGUACACCUGGACGCCCAGCUGCUGGAUCUGUUGCUGCUGCACCAAUAAACGGCGGUGCUGAUGAUGUUAUCAAUCGUUUUGGAUCAAACGGUAAUAAUGUAAUUCCAAACUUGAACGCACCAUCAAUCCAAGAAGUCGUCUAUCCCAGCAACAUUACAGAAGAUGAAAGACUCCAAAUGGAAAUUCAAUUCUUGCAAGAUCGUCUCCAAGCCUUGCAGGAACAGCAACGUCGUCGUCAACCACAAAAUGGUCAACAACAGCAACAACAGCAGCAGCAGCAACAACAACCACAGCAACGACUAAUUCAGCAACGGCGAAAUUUCUAAGCAAAACAUUCCGGAAUUCAAUGAACGAAGCACAACACAUUUUUAUUUCUUAAAUCGUGAUUUUAUUAGCGAUACACAAUACACAUACAUUUUUUUUCUUCCUAUUUUGGCAUUUACGCAAAAGAACAUUCGAAUGUUUUUUCUUUCCUGUUAAUUAUUUUAUCUAUUUAUAUUAAAAUAACGAAGUUCCAAAUCGGAAUUUCCUUACACAAAAA